AUGGGCGUGGUUCGCCGUGGCCAGAAGCGCCCCACUCGUGCCUCAUUUGGCGCAUGGGGAGCGCGGGGACUGCAGGUGCUUCUGCGAGUUUCUCCGGAGCCUCCCGCGCAGCUGUGCCGCCUGGGCCUCGCUGCCUGGCCACGCAGGGCGGCCAGGGGCGCCGGCGUCGCCCUCCUGGCGCUCAGGCUGCGCAUGUCUGCGCAUGUCUGCGCAUGUCCGCGCAUGGCGCGGCGGGCUGCUGCAGGCUGGGUCCCGAGCUGGGACGAGAUGCACACAUCCUGCGGCAGAGUGGACAGGCCAGCAUGGAAAGGCGGGGACGAAGCCCGAGCCCCACAGACCGGGAAGGGCGGUUUUCGAGUGCGCUCCCACGCCAGCCUGUCCUGA